CCAACGAAAUGAUGAAAAACUAAAAGUAUAGCCCUUUUAAAGUGCUACUCAUUUACAAAAGUUAAUUAAAAGCAACUAUGAUUAUUUUUGAUAAACCUCUUUUAAUAUUUUAUGAUGUUUUUAAUUAAAUAUUAAGUUUCAUUAGUCCAAUCUUCACACACAAAUCUAAAACUUUUUUCUUUAAAUCUGGCAACUACACUUUAUAGCAUACUUUGUGAAUGUGUUCCGAAAUCAGCCGAUUGAUAGCGAAGAACGCCGAGCGACGCGACGUUCCCUUGUUACAAAUUACAUUUCAAUUUUAACCGUUUCUUUUUUUAUCAAAAGUAAGAGUUAACUGUUUAAUAAGUUGUUGAACUAGUGAACAGCCUAUUUGUAAAAAAAGGAAUAAUAACAUUUGAAUUAAACUAUCUCCACGAUAUAAAUAUUAACCAACCAUGUCGUCACCGUCACUUGAAAUCCAAAUAGAAAUAGUUCUGACCGAAAAAGCUGAGGAAUGGAUUAUAGAAAUGUAUAUUUCUCUCUCCAAGAAAGAAAUAGAAAAUGAAAACCGGCAGAAUCUUAUGCCCCACCGCAUUUGUAUUCAACAACCCAUUGUAGAAACUAGGGGAGCAUCUGAAAUCGAUACUGCUCAUGAUGCGAUAGAAGACAAUUUAAAGGAGAAAGUUGAUGAAUUAGUGAAGCAAGUAGCAGCCUUAGAAGGAACGGUGAAGGCCUGGAGCCAAUCAAAGUUCCUUCAAGGUCGUUCAGGUCAUACUAAGGCCAAAACACUAGAAAAAAUAUGCUGGUACCAUAGACGCUGGGGUUCUAAGGCAUUGAAGUGUGUUCCGCCAUGUGGCUGGAUAAAAGACGAGCCUGAGAAAGACUAAAUCAUUAUUGUGUUUAUAUUUAAAGUUUUAUUAGUUAAGUUAUUAAUUUUGCCUCAAUUUAUUUUGCAUGAGUUGGAAGUUUUCAUUAAAUUAAAUUUACUUCGUCUUAAACUAAGGGCUGAUUUUUCAAUCGCCAGAUAACUCCUAUCUGAGGAGUAUUUUUAACGUUUUGACAGCUUUUGUAUGGAAAAUAUGUCAAACCGCCAUAUUUAUUCCUCAGAUAGAAGUUAACCGAUGAUUGAAAAAUCAGCCCUUAAACAAGCAACUUAUAAUUAUUUUUUCCUUCUUGGCUUUUAAAUGCUUCGUUCUCAACUGCGUCACCUCGAGCUGUUUUCUUAUACUUUUAUUUAUCUUUGUGACAUUUUUUUCAGUUUCAAGCUUUUAUAUUUGUUUUGUAAAUUUUAAAGCCAGAGCAUUUCAAAUGGGUUUAACUUUGUUUCGCUGGAUACUGUCGCUGUCAGCUUUGUUUGUGUACUGUUUAGUUAUCAUUUAAUUAUUUUGUGAUAUAAUUUACUUUAAUCCAAUAACAGUAGCUUGUUAUUUGUUUUUGUAUUUCAGCUAAUGGCAAUAUCAAAUGUAGUCUGUUAAAAGAAUUAUUAUAAUAAAUGAUUUAGAAUUUUU